UUUUAAUAAUUAAGCAAAUAUGGAAUCAAAGGAGCUACUAAUCGUGAAACCUUCUCAGAUUAGGAUCAAGAAGAGGAAAACUUACAAGAAUAAAAAGAACAAGAGUCCUGAAAUAUUAGAGGUUCUCUGAGACGACGAGGAUAUUGAUAAUAAUUCUGAAUGAAAAAGCCAGAAGAUUUCUCCAAAGAUAGGGACUGAUAUUGCUAAGUCUCCUCAGGAUAAGGAUCAAAGGCCCACUUCUCUUGAUAGGGAUAAUCCUGAUGUUUCAUACUCUAUGGAUGCUUUGGAUAAUUUUCAUUAUCAAGAAGAAAGCCAGCAAAAUCCUCAAACGGAGUAUAAAGAUAGGUAUUUGUGGCCACCAGCCGAAGCCUAUGAAAGGCAUGAUACUUCAAAUGAAGCUGACGAUAGCUUUAAUGGUAGGUAGACUUUGUAACUAAAAAGAAGAGUCAUAUUUCUCCGAUCCAAAAGAUCCUCAAAUCCUCUAAUAAAGACCCAACUCCACAUUUUGGAGUUGAAGAAACUAAAGAUCAACAGUAAAUUCUAACUUUAUUAAUUAGCGAUGGAAGCUCACUGAUGUGGGCAACUAACCCUCAGAGUAGGAAGAACAAGAUGGUACCGGGACCAGACUCUCCUGAGAAUACAUAUGCUGAUUAUGAAAGCAACCAGCAUGGUGGUAAAGGUAAAAUAAACAAAAAUUGACAUGUGUCAAGAAAGACUGUUAAUAAGAAAAUCCUAAGAGGGAAGGAAGACAGGCCCCAGACAAGAACUGGACAGUGGAUUAAGACUCUUUCGGCGACUAAGGAAAAUCCAAUAAAGCUUGCUGAUCUAAAGCAGAAGGAAACUACUAAUAGACUGCCUUCUGCUAAGAAAACUCAAAUGAAGAAGAUCUUGGAUAAAAGAAAUCUAACACAGGAAUCAUACUACAGAAAAACUGGAACAAACUUUAGUCAUGGCAAUUUGAAGCAGAAAGAACAAGAAGCUAAUGAUACACUCAAUGAUGUAGACCAGACCACUGAGAAGUUCGGCAAGCAGUCUUUGUAUAAUCAAGACUUUAUUGACCAGAGAGAAGACACUUUUGGGAAGAAGAAUUCUUUAAGUGCCAAUAUCUCUAAAUAACCUUCCAAAUGCUAUGAAGAAGGUUACGAAUACUAAGCCAAGAAAUUAAAAAAUUGCCCAGCUUAGACUUAGAAAAAUCUGCGGGAGUUCUCCAAAGGAACCAAGAUUCUUUAGUUAAGGAUAAAUCUCAGGCCAGAAAGGCAAGAUCUCCUUCUCAGAUAAAAAGCCCUCCUGUGCAGGAGAGAAACUUAUCUCCCAAGAAGAAGAAAUCUCUACUCAAAAUGAUAGAAGAACUAAAAGAAGCUGUAAUUAACAAUAAAUUCCAAAAGGAGCACAUUAAGGAGCCAGUGCAACAAACCAUGCCGAGGCCUCGAAGGAUUAGAACAAGUCAGGAACCCCGUGAUGCAGUUGUAGUUUAUAAAAACUGAGACUUGCAGUCUGUCAUCAGUCAUCUCAAUGAACAGAUUGCUGAAGGAGAUGACAAUAUUGACCAAAGAAGGCAUAUUAUUCUCAAGACGCAGCUGGAUUCUUUAAUAACUAAAAACAAUGCCUUGCUAGAGACUAAUAAAAAGCAAAGAAAAUGCAUGCUAGAAGCAUUGAAGUGUCUGAGUGAUGCUGAAAAAUAUCUUAAAGAAUGGGAACUUACUGCCCCUAAAAAUGCAGAAGAUUCUGACGAGCCUUCUCAUGACAUUGUGUAUGCUCUGAAUAUCACAUCAUGCAAAAAGAGGCUUGAAAACAUUCUUAAAGAAGAAAGAAGAAACUACACAUUAUCAAAUUUUAGCCGCAAUCCUCUGUAUCCUUUGGAUAAUGUGGAAGAUUCUAGCUUUAAAAUUGAUGAGAAAGAAAAGAAACUCAGCCUUAAAAUUGAUCGUUGAAUGUUAUUCAAUUUAGAAGAAAAACUGUCUGACAUCCUGAAAAAAUCUCUUGAAAUGUACAAGAACAACAUCAUUGACAAGAAGCCUUUCGAGAAAGUCAAAGUGCUCAAAUUCUCAGAAGGCUUGAGGGACUGAAUUAACAACCUGAUUACCACAGGAGUCGGAAUCAGAGACAGAGAUUGCAGAGAGUCAGGAGCGAGUCCAUUCCAGCAGUGGGAUGAUUAUGUAGAGUCUAAUCUUUAUCUAAAAGUUAAUCCUACUCGUUUCAGAAGAGCCGAAGAGUCUGUCUACCUCAAUGAUAAGCUUGCUGAAAGUUUAUGGGAUAUUGCUCAAUGGAGUAACACCAAACAACAAAGGAAAGAAAAAGAAUUCUUAGAGGUAAUAAACCAAAUCAAGCAAACAGAAAGAGCUGAUAAAGCAAAAGCUAAAAUCUAUGAGGACCAAAUCAGACUGUUCAAAGUUUGUUUCAGCGAGCUCUAUGAUGAAAUAGAAAUUUUGAAGAGGAAUGCAAAAACUGACAUCAAUGAGAUUUUCAGCAAAAUAGAGCAUCAGCUCAAUGAAAGCUUCAUUGACCUAGAGAACAUUCUUGAGAAGUGAAGAACUAAUGAAGCCAACAAUGCUGAGGUUGACUAUACUGAACUUUAUGCGAUAUUUAUUAGUUUACAACCCAACAUGAGGGAGGCUUUUGACUGCAUUCUGAAGGACAAAGAUAAAAACUAUCAAAAUAUCUUUGGUGUUAAUUCAAAAAUCCAAAAGUUACUGGCUCAUGAGUAUUUUAACUUAUAGAUUCAAU